AUGACCAUGAUGAGAUUCUCUCUGGCGUAUGUCCAGGUCCGACUAGUUGGCAGUAGCUUUGGUAACCAAGGUCGCGUGGAAGUUCUGUAUGGCGCCUCGUGGGGCACAGUCUGUGACGAUUCGUGGGAUCAUGCUGAUGCAAUGGUCGUAUGCAGACAGCUUGGUCAAGGCGCCAUUGCAGUGGAUGUGGCGAAAUUCGGACAAGGGAACGGUCUGAUUCUUUUAGACGACCUCACGUGCACUGGUACCGAGAGCAGCAUAGAUCAGUGUGAUCGACAAUGCAGUGUAAACAACGGACUCUGUGCCCACAACUGUGUCAGUGAGGAUGGUUUUGGUGGUAAAUGCACGUGUCACCAAGGAUAUCGCCUGGACUCUAACUUAUACACUUGUUCAGAAAUUGACAAAUGCGCCGAUGGCAGGUCUGGCUGUGAACACAAUUGUACCAACUUCAACGGGUCCUAUGUGUGUUCAUGUAUGCCUGGAUUUUCAUUGGAGACGGAUAAACACAGUUGUAAUGUGAACCCUUGUACAUUCGACAAUUACACCACGUGCAUGUGGAAGGACGUGUCCUCGGGCGACGAGUUUGAUUGGACCCUGGGUAAUGGUGAAACACCCAGUCCCGGCACAGGGCCAUCGGGCGACCAUACCUUGAGGAAUGCAGAGGGGAAGUACCUGUACAUCGAGACCAGUGGUUCCCGACAGACGGGCGACAGGGCGCUGCUGGUCAGCCCUCUCCUAUUUCCGUUGUCCCACAUGGAACGCUGCCUGCAGCUCUGGUACAGCAUGAACGGCCCGACUAUCGGGUACCUGCGCGUAUACAUGUCACUUGAUGACGUCACACCUGGAACGCUGCUGUGGGCCAUGUCUGGCGACCAGGGGCCCGACUGGAAAGUUGCCUACAUACCUCUGGUGUCACAGCAACAAUAUAAGAUCAUCAUAGGAGCCGUUGUGGGUCCCAGUUACUUCGGAGACAUUGCCAUAGACGACCUCCAGAUCUUUCCUUCACGGUGUGAACACAUUCAGAGUUUGAUAGUGGGAUGAACAGGCCAUGGACAUUUGUAGAUAAUUAUCACUGACUAUUUCAUAUGUUAGAAUUAUUUCAAAAGUAUGUACCGAGUAUAAACAUUUUUCUAAAAAAAAAAUAAAAAAUAUUUUAUUAAUAAUUUCAGUUUGCCGGU